GAACAAAUCAAAUUAGCUUACCGAGACCUCCCUCCAAAGAUGUCAUUUGACACUUUCUUGCAGGCCUGGUUACGUAGGAUUUCAACAUGGCGGCUACGCAACGUCGAACGAGGAAGAGGAAACCACAGAAUCCUGGAGUGUCAUUUGCUGCGGGAUUUCGUCUUCCAACACUGAAACAAAGUAGAAAUGCAAUAGGAUUAUCUAAGAUUCCUAAACUUUUCGAACCAGGGCCAGAGAAUGCGCAUUUCCAACGUAUUCCGCACCCCAAUAGCGUGGACGACUGGUUAGCUCAAUACAACGAAGAGGGGCAAACGUGUAAAAACUUUUUUAGAACUUGUCCCUGGAUUUCAGGACGGAAAGUAAAAUACACAAAGCAAAAUUUUAAUCCAAAGGGGAAGAACAUAAAGGAGAGAUACCCAGAUGGGAAAAUUUACAUUUUGCCCAUAGGAGAUUUCGAUCAAAGUGUCUCGGAUUGCAAUCCCUGUAUUGAUGAUUUAACGGACUACACAGAGCGGUUUUAUUCGUUGCCUGUCGUUGUUCUGCCAACAGUGAAGCUUAAACUGCCCUCAAAGAAAGGUGGUGUGGCAUGUUGGAAUUAUGAAUUGAGCAAUCAAAUGAAAGUUUCAUCAAGUACGGCAAAGAGAACAUGUAGGCAAAGUCCUCGGGUACAGUCAAAACAGCUAGAACUCAAUCAUCGUUGGUCUCAUGGACACAUUCAACUCAAAGUAGACAGCAUCCAUAACCUACUUCGGCAGCAGAUUGCCGAUGAUGCACUCUGUUUGAUCGGUCUGACCAUGGUAGAUCUGUACGAGGAUGAUCCUGACUUGUUUGUGGCAGGACUGGCAGCUGGAAACCAAAGAGUUGCUGUUUUUAGCUUUGCCCGUUAUGAUCCAUCCUUGUCUUUCUCCACUGAACACUGGUAUGACAUCUGGCCUGCAAAACAACUGGAACCACUCAAGAAGAAGCAGAUAGUUUUACAGCUCAGCCGAUAUAUCUUUGUCCAGUUGACCUUCACAAACUACAGCAUCUUUGUGGCUUUAACGUUGUUGAGAGAUACAAAAAGCUGUCGGAGUUUUCCAGGACACAUGGAAUGACAGAGGAGGCGCGAUGGUUUGAAGCGAGAAUACAGUUCAUAUCUGAAUCUGAUGACUGCAGAUAAUCAGAUUCGAGCAAAUCAACCUAUCUCAUAGAAGACUGCAAAACAGUCUCAAUUUGUCUCGUUUUCAUGCUCGUUCCCAGUAUUUUUCGAACUACCGCGUUUUAACAACGAGCCUACUCUCCCAACAACGAAGUCGCGCCAAAACGCGAACUGUUGUGCAGUCCAAUCUCUUAUUCUCUAAAAGAUGAGAAGAAAAGUUGCUUUUUCAUUUCGCUAAGACAUGGGAAGCAAAUUUCAAAACUCAUUUCCUUCAUGAGCUCAUGAUUAGUUCGGUAUCGUUGUCUUAUAUUUAAAUCAAGAGCAAGGUAUCAUUUAGAAGAAUUAAGAGAAUUAAGCGAGAAAAGAUGCAUGUGAAAACCCAUUUAUGUUUAAGACCCGUUUAGUUGAAAAAUAAAAUACUGAAUUUAUCGUGGACACUAAGACGCCCUCCACAUAGGUACUGUUUUCACACCAAAGCCGUAAUGUUUUAAUAAAUUGCAAUGCAAAUAAAAGAUAUCCAACCAUUUGA